AUGUCUCUUUCCUUGAUUACUCCUGGCUCGAUUCUUACCUCCCCCGAUCUUCGUCUCCGUCAAUCUCCCUCGUAUUUGUCAAUCUCUUCAUCGCUUUCUCUCUCUUUCAACAGUCACCGCGAGAUCAUCCCACGCCCGAUCAAAGCCACCGCCAUGGAGACGACGGCGGAGACAAUUCCCCGUGGUGUUCCCAACAACACGAUGAAGUUACUGUUCGUAGAGAUGGGUGUGGGUUACGAUCAGCACGGGCAAGACGUUACAUCUGCUGCGAUGAAGGCUUGUAAGAAUGCUAUUUCUUCUAAUUCGAUUCCUGCCUUUAGAAGAGGUUCGAUUCCUGGAGUUUCAUUUGGGGAAAUGAAGUUACAGAUCAAGCUUGGAGUGCCUCGUUCUCUUCACCAGCAGCUGGAUCUUGACAAGGUCAAGUCUAUCUUCCCCUAUGGGGAGAUUGUAAACGUGGAGGUGGUGGAUGGAGGACUGAUCUGCUCAAGCGGCGUUCUAGUAGAAGAAAUGGGUGAUAAAAACGAAGACUGCUACAUUGUCAAUGUCGCCGUUUACGUUGGCUACUAGUCUCUCUUCUUCUUAUCGUGUUUAACUCCUCAGUUACCAUCUAAAAAAAAAAGACAACAUUGUAGUCACUUUUGUUUUGGUUCCAAAAACAAAACUUUCUAUAAUUUACCAUUUGCAACAACAAUUGAAA